AUGUCAUUUAUUUUAUCAUUGAUCAAAGAAGAAAUACCACCUUCCAUAAUCGAUCAAAACGUUACAACAAAAACCAAUCAUUAUCUAAAAGAAUUCGUCGAAAAUUUAAGCAAAAGAGUAAAUUCCUCAAUAAAUUCAUUCCAAUUCAUUAACACGUUACAACAAUUAGCACACGCAUAUGAAUUACCAUCAUUUGUAUUGACGGAUGAUGAUCUAUUUGCACCUUCCACACAAAAAUUUUUAGGAGAUUAUUCUUUAGAUGAAAUUCAUUUGUAUCUUGAUAAAUACGGUAUAAAAAAAGAAUUAGCGAAGAGAGGAUACAAAGACAUUAUCAUUAAUCUUGAUACUUCCGAUUAUUUUGUACAUCAAUUGUGUGUAACUGACAAAUCAUUGUAUACCAAUUCUUUGAUUAAUGGACGAUUUUUAAUUAAUUUAUUUGUAAGAAAAAAAGAUUUCAUUUAUAGUGAUUUUAAAACUUAUCAAAUUUUAAGAAGGAUCGAAACUUUUCAUAAUGAAAAGUUUAAAGAUAAACAAAUCCAAAAGAUUAAGUACAUUGAUGGUUUUGGCGCCUCGGAAGUUUAUAAAUUUAUGGAAAAUCAUUUAAACGAUAGAUAUUUAUUAAGUUUAAUCGAAUGGAUUUGUAUGCAAGAUCCACGUGGUGAAUUUUCCAAAGAUAAACCUCAAUUUCCAGGUCAAAAUUAUCCCGGUUUAAGAUUUGGUAGAAAAGCUGGUAAUAUGUUGAUAAGUUUGGCUGUUCACAAAGGUUGGGAUGGUCUCUCUAAUGUUCCUGAACAUUUUCAUAAUGCAUACGUAUAUCACAUGCAACAUUAUACUUUCCUCAAUCCGGCCUUUCAAGCUUAUUUUGAUUGUUUAUGUGAUUCGUUAGCAGAUGAUUUGAGGAUUCAUGGUUUAUCGGCCGUAUCUUGGGCAUUUUGCAAUGGUCAUGUAAGAAAUCGUGAUGAUGAAAUAGAAAUAUGGAAUCCUGAAGAACAAAUUUAUCCUGUAUCAUCAAAAUUACGUUCUUAUUUGGAUUCUCGUGAUUACAAAAGAUUAUAUAAUAUAUUUUAUAAACGUGGUUAUCAAGUUUCGAUAGAUUGGGAAAAUGCUAAAGAAAUUUGGAGAUAUUCUUUAAAUAAUGAAUUUAAUGAAGUUGCCAAACAUUUCGGUGAAGAUAAAUCUGAAGAUAUUCUUCACAAUGAGAUGAUACCUUCAAUGUAA